ACAGCUAAACAAACCUCCUAACUAACCCGCCAUGGAUAAAGUUGUGAAAUUCUGUGAACCUGGCCGUGUCUUCGCCAAGGACUCCAUCCGUUUGGUCAAACGUUGCACCAAACCCGAUCGCAAAGAGUUCCAAAAGAUUGCCAUUGCCACCGCCAUUGGUUUCUGCAUUAUGGGCUUCAUUGGUUUCUUCGUUAAACUGAUUCACAUUCCCAUCAACAACAUCAUUGUCGGUUCAUAAGUC